ACAACUGGAGGCCACACACAACAGAAGUUCCUUGUUUUCCAGGUACGGAGAGCCAUAAUCCCUAACUCUAAACACUAGCAGCUCUUGAGAUCAAGGGGAAAGCAGGGUAGAACUGAAGUCUGGGGAGAAGAAUCCAGCACCGGAUCCUGUGGGCUGCAGGUUACGUGCUGCCUAAGAGGAACAGGGGCCUGUGACAGCCACCCCGGAACCUGAAACCAUGGCCAGUGGGGAAGACCAGCCGAGGAACUGUGUGGUGUGCGGGGACCGAGCCACAGGCUAUCACUUCCACGCCCUGACCUGUGAGGGCUGCAAGGGUUUCUUUAGGCGAACAGUCAGCAAAAGCACUGGUCUCACGUGCCCCUUUGCUGGAAGCUGUAAGGUCAACAAGACCCAGAGACGCCACUGCCCAGCCUGCAGGUUGCAGAAGUGCCUAGAUGCUGGCAUGAAGAAGGACAUGAUCCUACCAGCAGAAGCCCUGGCAUUGCGGCGAGCAAGACAGGCCCAGCGACGGGCACAGCAAGCAUCGAUGCAGCUGAGUAAGGAGCAGAAAGAGCUAGUCCAGACACUCCUGGGGGCCCACACUCGCCACAUGGGCACCAUGUUUGACCAGUUCGUGCAGUUCAGGCCUCCAGCUCAUCUGUUCACCCAUCACCAGUGCUUGCCCACUCUGGUCCCUGCACUGCCUCUGCUCAUGCAUUUCGCAGACAUCAACACUUUCAUGGUACAGCAAAUCAUCAAGUUCACCAAGGACCUGCCCCUCUUCCGGUCCCUGCCCAUGGAGGACCAGAUCUCCCUCCUAAAGGGAGCAGCUGUAGAAAUCUGUCAUAUUGCACUCAAUACUACUUUCUGUCUCCAAACACAAAACUUCCUUUGUGGGCCUCUUCGCUAUACAAUAGAAGAUGGAGUGAAUGUGGGGUUCCAGGAAGAGUUUUUGGAGUUGCUCUUUGGCUUCCAUAGGACGCUGCGCCGACUGCAGCUCCAGGAGCCUGAGUACGUGCUCAUGGCUGCCCUGGCCCUCUUCUCUCCCGACCGGCCUGGGAUAACCCAGAGGGAGGAGGUUGAUCAGUUGCAAGAAGAGAUGGCACUGACUCUGCAGAGCUACAUCAAAGACCAGCAGCCAAGUCCCCGGGACCGGUUUCUCUAUGCGAAGCUGCUGGGCCUGUUGGCUGACCUCCGAAGCAUCACCAAUGCAUUUUGGUACCAAAUCCAGAACAUCCGGGGACUGUCCACCAUGAUGCCGCUGCUCCAGGAGAUCUGUAGCUGAGGCCUGGUUCACCUCCUUCCCCAGCCCACCUGGACACGCUGGACUGGAAAGGGGAGAAUUCUGGGACCAGAGGUUGGAGCCAGUAAAAAGGGAGCCCACUGGUUGCAAUGAAAGAUUAAAGUAAUAACUGCC